UUCCUGUAGCCCUCCUUUAAAUACCUUGUACGUGAGCGAGGAUAACGCGCCGCGUCACGUGAGUGGAUGUUUAGACGAAGUGAAACUGUCUCUUUUUGUCAUCGGUCCGUCGCUGUCAAGUAUUCUCAGACUCAGCUCUCUGGAAUUGAAACCAGAGGGAAAGGCAAGAAAAAGAAGCAAGAAAAUGUAUUUCCACUGGUUCUACGGCAUUUUUGUGCAGAUUUUUUGUCAUUUUUUGCUUUCUGCGUCUCUCCCUGUAGAUGUGAUCAUCAUUCAGAUCCAGAAAAUGAGCGUGAUUGGUGCUCAGCAUGUUUCUGAACAGGUUCUUUUAAAUGGAGUCCCACUCACAAGCUCAAGACAGGAGGUGAAAGAUCUUAUCAAGUCUAUGUCAGCUGAUACAAUUCUGUCACCUAUUGACAUCGACCAGAUUUCAGCUCUGAGGGGGCACACCAUUCUUCGCUCUCGGGAAUGCAUACUGGAGGGGGGUCAGCUGCACUGGGCUGACCGUAUGUUUAAUGACGAUGAGGAGUAUCUGACUCUGGAUCACAAUGACACAUGGGCGGUACGUGUGCCCCAAGCACUAGCCCUCAAAGCUCUUCUGGACAAGGAAGUGCAACACACAAGGACUGAGAGAAUCCAUCUGCAAGAGGGAUGCUUCCAACUUAUGAAAGAACUCCAGCUUUCUGAAGAACGUUCGGUUCCAGGAGUUUCUCUCCCUCAGAUUCUGAUCCCAAUCUUGGGAGUGGUGGCAUUUAUUUUACUAAUUAUUGUCAGCAUACUUCUGUCAAUAAAAGAGGGUUCACUUCUUGCUGGAGGUGUCCUUGGCUCGAUUAUCCAUUAUCCCAGGGAUAUGACAGAUAUGACUGUAGAUAAAAACCGAAGUGGUUACCGCACCUUGUGAUUCAUAGUGUCAGCUGAAAAACAACCCCAUGCUCCUCGUGUCCAGACACUAUUUUGUCAGAAGUGUAAUUAAGGUUAUGUGCACACAAACACAAGUGUUUUUGAAAAGCUCGGUGCAUGGAAACGCAGACACAGUGUGCAUACAUAUUUAUUUGGUAGGCAAUCCCCAAACAGUUUCCUGAUGUCAAAUGCAACAGCCUGGCACAUUCAGCAAAAACCAAAUCAGAAUCAAAUGUGUCCCAUUUGAGUUACCACUGGUCCAAAAAUGGUGGUACUAGGGUCAAGGUCUGUGUUGUUUUAUCUGGCAGCAUACUCCAUAAUGUGUUCUGACACCUCAGUUUCUUACUAUAGUUGACUUAAAAAGUAUAAAGCAAGGUUAGCACCAGUGCUAAUUUGGUUAUGUUUACCAAUGAAAACAAAGAAAAGAGAUGGCACCUUAUCUAUCAUUGCAAGCCAAAAACAUGUUUUCCUGUACACAUACAGAUUACAGUCAGUCAGGAAAAAUCUUCCCCCUAGUAGGGGUUUUCCAGAAAAAUGCAUGUUCUGCUUGCAUGUAGAGAGAUGCAAACAAAAAAAUCUGCAGACGUCAAAAUGUUUGCCACUGCAUAUUUUUACAAGACUGUACACAUACCAACUGCAAGCUGCUUUUUGCACACACACAUUUUAAUACCUCGAAAAGUAAAUAUCUUCACUGCAUGUUAUGGCUAAGCUAUUAAUGGAACCAAAUCGUUUCAGUGCUCUGAUUCAUACAUUGUCAUUAAAUUAUCUUGCUGUAUGAACUGAGUGUUCUUUAUGUUUUAUAAAUAUCAAUAUUUAAUUAAAAAAGUUAUUCAAACAUGUUUCAUAUUGGCUUUUUUUUCUGUCCAUUUUGUCUCAAGCUGUAUUUUGCAAACCAAAAAUUUAGGAAACAUAUUUCUUAUGUUGUGGCACAGAUUUUAAACCAGUUUAAUUCCAAACUGAAUUAGACUUAACACGUUCUGAACUGAUCGUAUAAUUGUGUCCCCUCUUUUGUUUAAAGGUUUUAUAGUGUGAAAGAAAGGAUUUCAUAGAUGACUGAAUAAAAUUUUAGUGAAAAUGUCUCCUGAUUUACAUUUGAUGCCAAGCAGACGAAAAUAGGAAGCUUGGAUUUUUCUUUGAAAGAUUGAAAACUGCUGGCAUGUAUAUGUAUUUAUUUAGAUUAAAUUGUACUUGAGCAUCUUUACUUUCUCUGUAAGCAGUGAGAAGAGAACAUCUGGACUGGUGUAAGAAAAAUA